CACAUUAAGGCAAAACUGAAAAAGUCAAGAACACAAACGCUCCAUCUAUCCUCGCAGGGUCCCACCUCAGUCAGAAAUUGCAACGUGUAUAAGCGUGAUUGGCGACGUAGCUGAAUUUUUGGAUCACGGGUGCUCACAAGCACAGAUAACUUGGCACGGCUCACACGUGUCAAAAAUCACUUUCCACGUCGGAAGGUUCCCGCCGAAACCGGACACGUCAGACUGAUAAGUCACCUCCUCCGCGAGGAUAGAGAGAUACCCCUACAUAAUAACUGUACAAGAAACGAGAAACAGAGAUAAGUCUUCCCAGCUGAAGCUCUGGUAAUGGCGAAAUUUGCUCAACUUCUUCAGUAAUUGCUUCUCCCUUUCAUUUAUUGGAAUUCGAAUUGACAUUAGACUCGAUCAAUAUUGAUCUCGGAGCCAUUUAUAUUUCUUCCUCCUCUUAAGGAGGUUCAGGACUUUCUGGGAAAUGGAAGUUCGAGUCAAAUUCACUGGCUUGGUUUUCGUUUUUGGAAAUUCUGUUCUUUGAUUACUCUAUAUUUCCGUUAGAGUUCUCUCUUUUCCCUCUCUUUCUUGUCAUUGAAUUUUUGGAGCCAUUUUGUGAGUCUAGCUUUCUGUUUAGUUGACGUCUCAGAUUUUUUGGCUUCACCCGAGCAUUGUGAAGGACUAUAGAUUUUCAGCUCCAAGUGUGUAAGGGUUUGAAGAUGAUUCUGUGCACGAGUUCAUCCAUUCUUCUCGAUAUUAUUCUGUCUGAAGGUAGUAUGAUUCGAUGAUUCAGGAAUUCUUAAUUUUCAAGAAAACAAAGCUGGGUUUGUUCUUUGUUUCUGGAGGUUAAAUUCCACAAAUUUUGAAUUUCUGAAGAAAUAUUUUGUGUUUUCAGUAAAGAUGGGACAGAAGAAUUGUGUAUUUGUAAUUAGAAAUGCACUCUUGCCCAGGAUCUUCUGCUUUUUAUACCUUGGAUCUUUGGUCGGUGAAUUUUAAACGAAACGGAUGCUGCCACCAGCUGACUACGUGUCUGGGUUUGUCAAUAUAUUGCCAGAUUUGAUUUCAAUUAUCACAGGUUGAAUUCGACUUGGAGUUUAGUCGCAGCUGGUUUGAAGAUGUUGUGUUUUACGUUUAUAGUAGACAAUUAAACAAAUGGAUAAAGCUUGUGAAUUCUGUGCAGAAUCAAGGUCAGUGGUUUACUGUAAGUCAGAUGCAGCACAUCUUUGCCUUUCUUGUGAUGCACAGGUUCAUUCAGCUAAUGCUUUAUCAAAGAGACAUUACCGAGACAUUCUCUGUGAGAGUUGCAGAAACCAUCCAGCUUCUGUCUGUUGCUUGGAUCAUCGGAUGUUCAUGUGUCACGGUUGUGAUGAAUAUCUGCAUGAUGCCUCUGCUCAGCAUCAGAAACGAGUGAUGAGUAGUUACGUGGGCUGCCCUUCUGCUAGGGACUUUGCUGUUUUAUGGGGCUAUGAUCUGAAUGGACUGCCUAAAGGUUCUCAAGUUAUGGCUGUAUCAGCUUCAGAUUUCUCUUUGGCUCCAACUGCAUCUAAUUUGAAUGGUUCGAGGGAGUUCUGCCCAGGGAUGGAAGGAUCUUCUUUAACAUCUGAAGACAGCUCCAUGAAGUCUAUCUUUGGAGCUGAUGAUGAAGUGGGUUCAAGUAAUUUAAGAAGCAAGAUGAUUUGUGAAAAUCAGCUGCAGCAAGAUAGCCACUUGAUUCUGCAACAGAUUCUUGACCUGGAAAGGCUUCAACUCAAUAAGAAAAGUGAUCAAUCACCUUCGAUCCGCAGUAAAGUGCAAUCUGACAUAUAUUCAACUCAAGAUAAUGCUUCAGUGCCUCUCUCUGAAGAUCUUGUUCAGAAUUGCCAACAUCCUCAAGGUCUUGGUGCUGAUCUUCAACAAAAGGAAAGAAUGCAUCAUGAGCUGGUGCGGUCUUUUCCUUUGCCAAUCUCCCAAAUGGAGCUUCUAAACUCUUACUCAAAUUCUGAAAUCCCUUUGCACGGUGACAACUUUUGGCAGUGCAAAAUUCCUGCUCAGACUAGCCAGCUGUGGUCUCAAAAUAUGCAAGAUCUUGGAAUUUGUGAAGAAAUUGAUUGCAAUGAUGAUUUUAAAAUACCAGAUGUUGAUCUGACAUUUCGAAACUAUGAAGAACUUUUUGGGGGUGAUCAAGAUCUAGCUAUCUCAUUGUUUGAUGAGAAGGAUUUUACCUGCUGCUCGAUAAAGAAGGACGUGUCCUUUAAACAAACAGAUAAUGGACACGGAAAAGCAAAUGAGGAUAUCUCAGUUGCUCAAUCUAUUUAUGUUCCUCAGUCAUCUCUUGAGGGAAGAAACAUUGGUCCCUCUGAUCAAGCUCAUCAGUUUUCUGGAAGUAGGGAUUAUGCUCAUACAAUCCAUCCAUCUUGCUCAAGUUUAUCGUUCUCUCUUUCAAGGCACAGUGCUGAAAGCAGUGCUGCUGAUUUUCUUGAUAGCAGACUUUCACCAAACAUUAUGAAGGGGGAGCCAACAUGGAAUUCACCAGAACAGGAUAACGCACGUUCUGAAGCAAGAGAAAAUGCCAUGAUUAGGUACAAGGAGAAGAAGAAGGCUAGGAUGUAUGAGAAACGAAUCUGAUAUGCUGCUCAGAAAGCUAGAGUCAAUGUAUGGAAGCAGGUGAAAGGCUGAUUUGUCGAGUCAGAAGGAUACGAAUCUGACACUGUUAAUGUGACAGGGAGCCGUUUGAAGAAGCCAUGCCAUUGCUCCAACACAGAGAGAGGCUGCAAGGAUCCGUGCAAAACAAAGUAGGGAAAACUGAGGUCUAAACAAAAUAGGAGAAAUGAAGAAAUGAGAAAUAAGAAAUGAAAGGAAGAGGGAAGAGGAAAGAGGCACAACCCAGCAAGUCAGGAGAAUCUCAGAUAAAUGGGGUCGACUACAUGGAUCCUUCCCCUCCAAUAGCUCUAUCUCAGUUCAUACUUGGGACAAGACCUAAACUAAGCGAUUAACGUAGAGCUGCUUAAAUACAGAGAAAAAGAUUUGAGGAUAAACAACAAGAAGAUUCAGAUUCAGUAAUGCAGAGAUAUAUGGAAAAUGAAUCCAGUAUGCUUCUCCAGAAGCUUGAGCUGAUGAUUAGAAGUGGGUGAGAGACUGAUUUGUCAAGGCAGACGGUACACACCCAAUGCUAAGAUAUGACAAAAAGCUCUGAUAAAAAUGCUUCCUUCAUUUCAGUGGCUUCUGUUUAUGUUCAAUCUAAAAGCAAAUCAACAGCAGGUAUGCUGGUUUCAUUCUGUUUAUAUGGCUUGUAUUCAACCUUUAUUUUUUCCCCUAUGCAUGUAUAGCCAUGAUAUGGUUCUAACAUAGCCAGAGCUGUGAAGCUGAAGGCUGGGUAUAUUUAAACUCUAAACAUUGGCUUAGAACAGAAAUUUUAGCUUCAUUUCUACUUGUGCUCAUGGAUCUGUUGCAAUUACGACUUCCAGAGUAUUAUAAAAUCUCCAGUUUUGUUUUUCCCUUUCAA